CGUACUGUACAUGGCAGUGCACACAGUACACGUACACGCAGCGAGCAGAAGGUCAAAGUACAACAUAUCCGUCCGUUUGAUUCAGUGGAAUUGCGUAAUCCAAGUAACGAUCGCGACGCCGGCAGUUUGCAGAUGUUCGCAGUAACGGGUACACAGAAGACUUCGCAAGUCACAUCAGAAAGCAACGAGAACCUAGGUCGCAACCUUGUCAGCAUGAAGACCGAAGCUACCAAUCCAGCAGCUGAGCCCAUGGAGACUGGUCCGGGCAACGUGGUGGUUUUGGACAGUACCCCUGGGGUGGACAUCAUCACUCGCGUGGCCAACAUCCCUGUGGUGAGCUCGACCAUUGGCCAGGUGGCCAAUGUGUACACUUGGACAAAGGAGAAAAGCACUCUCGCCAACAAGGCUUUAGGAUAUGCCGAGAAGUCAGUUGUCGUGGCAGCUCAAACUGCCAAGCCGGUGGUUGACCACUUUGAGAAGCCACUUACUAUGGCGAGCGAUUUUGCUUGCUAUCAGUUGGACAAGCUGGAGGAGAAGGUUCCCCUGAUCAGCAAGCCGACUGAAGAGGUGGUGGCCACAAUCCAAGAUGGCACCCGUCAGGUGAUCGAGGGCACCAAGCAGAAGGGUGCUGACGGCCUGAACGCUUUGAUGAACACCCGCGUGGGCAAGGCGGUCACCUUUGGACUGGACACGGCCCUCGCUGUGUCUGAGUUUGCUGUGGAGUACUACCUGCCUCCUGAUGAUGCAGAGAGGAAGCAGGCAAUCAAGGAUGACUAUGACGAGCAGGAGGAGGAGAAGAGGGAGACGCCCACCUCCAUCCAGCGCGUCGGCACCCUGACUCAGAAGGUGCGCCGCCGUGUCCACAAGAAGGCACUGGCGAACAUCCGCUACGCCCAGAAACGCAGCCAGGAGACCAUCCAGAAGCUGCACUUCACUGUGGAUCUGAUCGAUUAUGCGAAGAAAAGCAUCGAUGGAGCCAAUCAGACCAUCCGGACCAAUGCAGAAGCAGCUCAGGAGAAGCUUUGGAACACCUGGAAUGAUUGGACAACCACCGAGGAGGGAAAGGAUGAAAAGACCGAGAAUUCAGAGGUGGAAAACAAGGAGGGAGAGCAGAAGACAAUGGCCAUUGCACGGGAGCUGGCCGCCCGCCUGCGCGGUCUCACCCACAAUGUAGCCAACUCGGUUGCCGUCCUGCCCCAACAGAUCCGUGGCAAGGUGGAGGAGGCCAGAGCCACGGCCGACAGCAUCUACCACUCAUUUGAAGAGGCUCACUAUUUGAGUGACGUGUCCACCAGCAUGCUGAACACUUGCCGGGACCAGCUCAACAAUCUGUCUCACGUUGGCAUGCAGGUGGUGGACUAUGUCAUCAACUCUCCACCCCUCCAGUGGCUGGUUCCAAGCGAGUUACCUAAUGUGGAGAUGGAAGGUAUCGAGUUUGACUACGUACCCGGCUCGGACCAGAACGACGUGGAUUUGACCAGUGACUCCAGUGAAUUCUAGGCACGGUGACAUCUGCUAUCAAUAUGUGGUCAACAGGUUGUCUCAAGCAAUCAAUUGAUGUCUGGACAUUGAGAAUGGCAUGACAAUCGGACAAUAAACUCUUGUUUGUUUGUUUGUUUGUUUUUUCCAUGUUCUUCACGUAGUUGCAUUAACAGGGGUGUGAAAAUUCAAAUUUUUAAGUGAUUUCAGUUUUUUUAGUAUAGAUGUUGACCCUCAAUUUCAGCUUUUCUCUGCACCUGCUGUGCACAAAUGUAUAGGGACUUCUUUCAUUUUAGCUAUUUGCUAGCUGUUUUCAGCUUAAGUGGUUACUCACACCCCUAAUUAACUAACUAGAGUAGGAUACAGUGCUAGUAGCAUGUACAUGUAGGCUUUCAGUAAGUGGAGUUUUCCUCAAUUUCUGAACUUUUAGAAUAAUGGAUUGACUUGAUCAAGAUAUGCAUGAUCAUUCAUCAUUAUCAUUAAAAAGCCUUUACAAUUGUUUGUCAUAGAUGUCAUGUAAGGUCACCACAGGUCUGCAUGAUUGAGAUUGGUUUGCAGUUCUUGCAGUAGAAUUCACACAUGUGCUACAGUGGAUAAUCUUACACUUGAUAGAUUACAUUUUGUUGGUAAUUUGUUGUGGAAAUCCAGGAUUUUUAAAUUAAAUUUAAAUUUUUUGCUGCACAUAGAACUGUGCAUUAAGAAAUCAGCCAAUCAUGUAUGUACAUGUACUGUCGCCCAAUCCUUUAAGAGCAGUCAGAACAAUUCCAUAUCCUACAAGAUGAAAACAGGAAAAUUGCCAAUUUUCCUGGGGUUUCUCAGGAAGGGUACCGGAUGAGCUUAGAUUGUGCAUGACUGGCAAAAGAGUAGCGUCUGGCAAAACAAAAUUUCACAUUGGGGAUAUGCCUCUCCUUGAGAAACUCCAUUUUGAAGAAGUGAGCCCUCAGUGGAACCAAGAGGAUUGUUGAUAUCCAGAUGCACGAAUGUACAUGUACCUGUAUGAAGCUGGCACUCUGAUGUAAACCGUACUUCAUCUGUUUUUCCAGUUCAGUACCAAGUAACAACCGUGUUCAUUUGAUCAUGUUGGAAGCAUAAUGCAAUUUUGUGACCAGACUUAGGAGUAAUUACUGUGGCGGCACAACAUCCCUGGACAGGUGGUAUCUACAUAUUACACUACUCUUUCACAAGUAGGGAAAGAGUUGUGAAUUGCCAAUUAUGCAUGUGCUUGUCCAGCUUAAGAGCACCGAUGCAAGUGAGGUACUUCUGCACUCAUGGCAUCUCUUCAGAUUAGUCUACAACCAUUCUCCAUUUCACCAAGGCCUUCGAAGCCACGGACAGUGAUAAGUUCAAACCAUUUCUGAAGGUCAUCUGUGAUUGGUUCUUUUGUACACAACAUAUACAUGGACAUGUAUAGUAUGCUAAUACCUAAGUAAGACUGAAGUCUGUGUAAGAUAUAUUUCUCACUUGGCUAUGCAGUAUUGCACCGUGGUUUAUAUGCUCAUGGUAUGAUUGAUGUUGAACAUUCUGGAAACCAGACUCGAGCACUGCACUGAACUUAAGUGGAUACCUUUCCAGGAAUGCAUAUCUGGGCUGAGCCACACCCAUUUUAAAAUAUUUGUGAUAAAUGAAAUACCCACAUUCUCUUGAUGAAAAAUAAAUACUAGGUUGCCUAAGUCAGAAGUGUUGAAUCAAACAACAUUGCACUAUUUUCUCUCAAAAAAGGAAAUGUAAGUGAUGUUUGAUAAGUUAGCUUCUUGUUAAGUGGAUUCUUUUGUAGUAGAUAGUAGCAUAUGCAUUUGAAUCUCUGUUGACAGAAUAAAAUGCACGUAAUUGCAGCAUAUUUGAAGUGU